UCCUGACCUGUCCUCCUCUCCCUCCGCCACCUGAGAGUCAGGUUACGCUCUCUGGGCCUUCGCGCCGGCUACUCACCUGCUGUCUGCCCCACGCCUCCCCCCUGCCCCACUAAAGAGGCCUUUGUGGCCUCUCGUUUCGCGCCUUCUUUUUCUUAGGUGCGGAGGAGGCGGGGCUGCAAUGGCCGCGCCAAAGUUGCCGUGGCGACGACUUGGUUACUUCCGCCGAUCUCAAUACUUCCGGGUUGGCUUUGCGGUGGCGUUUCCGACAGUGGGAGCCUCUGCUUCCCAAUCUUCUGAUGAGCCUGAGCAGCACCAGAAAAGUGCCACUGUAAGCCAUGAGAUGUCUGGUCUGAACUGGAAACCCUUUGUUUAUGGCGGCCUUGCCUCUAUUGUUGCCGAGUUUGGAACUUUCCCUGUGGACCUAACCAAAACGCGACUUCAGGUUCAAGGCCAAAGCAUUGAUGUGCGCUUCAAAGAGAUAAAAUACCGAGGGAUGUUUCAUGCCCUGUUCCGUAUUUAUAAAGAAGAAGGCGUGUUGGCUCUGUAUUCAGGAAUUGCUCCUGCAUUAUUAAGACAGGCAUCGUAUGGCACCAUUAAAAUUGGCAUUUACCAAAGCCUGAAGCGAUUAUUUGUAGAACGUUUGGAAGAUGAAACUCUUCUAAUUAAUAUGAUCUGUGGGGUAGUGUCAGGAGUGAUCUCUUCUACUAUAGCCAAUCCCACUGAUGUAUUAAAGAUUCGAAUGCAGGCUCAAGGAAGCUUGUUUCAAGGCAGUAUGAUUGGCAGCUUCAUUGAUAUAUACCAACAAGAAGGGACCAAGGGUCUGUGGAGGGGUGUUGUCCCAACUGCUCAGAGGGCUGCCAUUGUUGUGGGAGUAGAGCUACCAGUCUAUGAUAUUACAAAGAAGCACUUAAUAUUGUCUGGGAUAUUGGGGGACACCAUAUUAACCCACUUUGUGUCUAGCUUUACAUGUGGCUUGGCUGGGGCUCUGGCUUCCAAUCCAGUUGAUGUGGUUCGAACUCGCAUGAUGAACCAGAGAGCAAUUGUGGGGCAUGUGGACCUUUACAAGGGUACUUUGGAUGGCAUUUUAAAGAUGUGGAAACACGAGGGCUUUUUUGCACUCUACAAGGGGUUUUGGCCAAACUGGCUUCGACUGGGACCCUGGAACAUCAUUGUAUCCUUUAGAACACAGGAGUGCAAGCAAAUGCUGCAAGCUCCCAGCCCUCUGACUAAGGUGAAGCUUAUCAACGAGCUGAAUGAGCGGGAAGUCCAACUUGGGGUGGCAGAGAAGGUGUCCUGGCACUCGGAAUACAAGGACAGCGCCUGGAUCUUCCUGGGAGGACUUCCUUAUGAGUUGACUGAAGGGGAUAUCAUUUGUGUAUUCUCACAAUAUGGGGAGAUUGUUAACAUUAAUCUGGUUCGAGACAAGAAGACUGGGAAAUCCAAAGGGUUCUGUUUCCUUUGCUAUGAGGACCAGAGGAGCACAGUUCUGGCCGUUGACAAUUUCAAUGGGAUCAAGAUCAAAGGAAGAACCAUCCGAGUGGAUCAUGUGUCUAACUAUCGGGCUCCAAAGGAGUCUGAAGAAAUGGAUGAAGUGACCAGAGAGCUACGUGAGAAGGGCUGUGGGGCUCACACCCCCUCACACAGUUCAUCGGAGGGGUCUGAGGAGGACAGACCCACAAAAAAGCAUAAGAAAGGAAAAAAGGAAAAAAAGAAGAAAAAGAAAGAUAAAGACAAAACUGACCGGGAAGUACAGGUGGAGCAACUAGCCUCUUCUUCAUCACCCAGAAGCAAGAUGACCAAGGAAAAGGAUGACCCUGGCUCCAGGAAGCGCAGCAGCAAAAACUCAGAAAAAGGCCCAAAGCCAGAGUACAGGGAGCAGCGAAGACAGCACCACAGCUCUCCUGAGGCCAAGUCCAAGGAGCAUCGAAGGCAACACCACAGCUCCCCUGAGACCAAGUCCAGGGACCAGCGAAGGCAACACCACAGCUCUCCUGAGUUCAAGUCCAGGGAGCAGCGAAGGCAACACCACAGCUCUCCUGAGUUCAAGUUCAGAGAAGAGCGAAGACAAUACUAUGGCUCCCCUGAGGUCAAGUCUAGAGAAGAGCGAAGGCAACUGUAUGGCUCCCCUGGAAGGCAACACUAUGGCUCCCCUGAGGUCAAGUCUAGAGAAGAGCGGAGGCAACUCUAUGGCUCCCCUGAGGUGAAGUCUAGAGAAGAGCGAAGGCAACUCUAUGGCUCCCCUGGAAGGCAGCACUAUGGCUCCCCUGAGGUGAAGUCUAGAGAAGAGCGAUGGCAGCACUAUGGCUCCCCUGAGGUGAAGUCUAGAGAAGAGCGAUGGCAGCACUAUGGCUCCCCUGAGAUCAGGUCUAGAGAAGAGCGAAGGCAAUACUAUGGCUCCCCUGAUGUUAGGUUCAGAGGAGAGCGAAGGCAACAACACAGCUCCCCUGAGGUCAAGUCCAGAGAAGAGCGAAGGCAGCACUAUAGCUCCUUUGAGAUGAAGUCUAGGGAGGAGCGAAGGCAACACUACAGCUCCCCUGAGGUCAGAUCCAGGGAGGAGCGAAGGCAACACCAUAGCUUCCCUGAGGCCAGGUCCAGAGAAGAGCGAUGGCUACACUAUAGCUCCCCUGAGGUCAAGCCCAGGGAGGAGCGAAGGCAACACUACAGCUUCUCUGAUGUAAGGUCCAGAGAAGAGCGAAGGCAGCACCACAGCUUCCCUGAUGUCAGGUCCAGAGAAGAGCGAAGGCAACACCACAGCUCCCCUGAGGUCAGGACAGCCUACUACAGUGGAGCAGGGGACAUAGACUGGGAAUCAAAGAAGCCCAAGCAUGAAUACAAGUCCUCCAGUAGGAGGGAGGAAAGAGAAGAAAAGAACAGGGAUAAGGACAGAGGUCGAAGCUCCAGCCGCCACAAUGGACGCUCUGAAAGGCAUAGUCACAGGAGUCGAAGCAGGAGCCGAGAGAAAUCCUACAGGCACAAGAGGGCCCGGCACUCCCAGGACCGGGAAUCCUCUCAUCCUGAUGAACGCAGGCAUCACUGAAGCCAGCCACUUUGAUAGCAUUGGAAAUGAACUCUUAAAAGAAUGCAAACAAAUUCACUCACUAUGUGUGUCUGUGCCUGUCUGUAAAACGUCUGAAACAGAAUUCUCUUUAAUUCCUUGAGUGUUAGAGUCAUCAAGAGAAUUGUCCUUUUAGCGGUUAGGUGUCCUGGGUUUUUUCAGCACAAUCUAUUGUCCCUGGGAAUAUAUUUGAUACUUAUCAGAGUAUGUGCCCUAAAUCUGGCUUCGUAAAUACGACCCUGGAGCCUAUAGACCACAACUUAUGAAAUGGUCAAAAUACCAGACAGUUCUAGAAUUCUAGUCUUUGUGCAAGAUGUUUAGAAUUCUUGUAUUGACAAGACUUGAUUAGACUCAGGCAGCUUGAUGAUACAGGUUUUUCUUUUCUUUUUUUUUUGCCACUAGGGUUAUUGCUAGGAUUUGGUGCCUACACAAUGAUUUUAUCAUUCUUAGUGGCUUUAGAUAUUUUUUUUCUUUCUUUUCUGAUAAGGGCAAGACCAAAUAAGGAGGGGGGGAGGAGAAAGGGAGACAGAUACCUGCAGCACUGCUCCACUGUUGGUGAAGCUUCCCCCUGCAGAUGGGGACUGGGAACUUGAACCCAGGUCCUUGGGUGAGGUAAUGUGUGUGCUCUGCUGGGUAUGUCACCACAUGCCUCCCCUCUAAUUAAUAAUGCUUAACAUCAGUCUGCUCGCUUUCCUCACCCCCUUUAAUUGGAAAUUUAAAGAUCUUUUUGGUUUUUGUUUUAUUGGUUGAUAGUUGUCUACGUUUUUUUCUUUGCAGUUCAUUUCUUUUUAUUGGUUUACAAUUGGUUUACAUCAUUUUAUUGUUUUAGGAGUGUAGAUAGCUUCACACCUAAGUGUCCCCAUCCCCGCCACCACAGUCCUGGUGUCAUCUCACCAUCACUUCUACCCCUUUCCUCCUCUCCAUCAAUAACCACCGUUUUCCAUCAUUCUCAUUGAGUCUUAAGUUUACUGUUUUCAUGAGUUCAUUUUCUCUUGUUAUUUGUAUUGAGUAAAACCAUCUAGUAAGGUAAUUAAUUGUCUUUUAAUUCCCUCCCAUGUCAUUUAGCAGAAUCAAUUUCCACCCCUUUUGUUGCAGAAAAGCACAAUUUCAUUUUGUUUAAAAAAAUUAUGAGACCAGCUCUGCCAGCUCAUAUGGUACUGCCAGGGAUCAGGGAUUGAACCUAACGGACAAGCAAGUCCUGUGCUCUUAAUGCUGGGGUAUCUCCCUAGUCCCUAAUUUCAUCUUUUUUAGUGGCAGAGUAGUAGUACAUUGGUUAUAUAUUCCACAGUUGCUUUAUCUGGUCAUCCGUUGAUGGUUAUUUAUGGUAAUUUUACAUCUAUUAUGUUCUGGCUAUCAUGAAUUAUAUAGCUAUGGACAUAGGAAUGCAAAUAUUUUACAUUGAAGUUUUCAUGUACCUUCACUGGUAUGGUUUGACAUAGUAUUUCUGUUUAUUUGUUUGUUUGUUUUUGUUUUUUAAAGAGUUAAUUUAUUUAGUAAUGAGAAAGAUAGGAGGAAAGAGAGAAAACCAAAUAAUCACUCUGGUACAUGUUUUUCUGGGGAUUGAACUCGGGACCUUAUCCCUGAGAGUCCAGUGCUUUAUCCACUGCACCACCUCUGAGACCACUGUUUUGUUUUUGAAAUCAGUGUCUAUAGUUCUCCACAGAUAGGCAGUUUGCAUUCUUGCCAACAGUGUACCAAAGGUCUUUUUUCCUCCACAUCUUUGCCAACACUUGCCGUUUCCAAUCUGUUUGAGGCAGGCCAUUCUUAACUGUGUGAGGUAUCUUACUGUGGUUUUGUCUUAUAUUUCCUUGUUAAUAAAUGAAGUUGGAUAUUUUUACAUGUGUUUGUGGACCAUCUCUUGUCUUUUUUUGAGAAGUGUCUAUUAAAUAUUUUGCUAAUAUUUUA